GGGCUUUACACUAUAAAGCCCAAAACUAAGAGAUCGGUUAUUUUUUUUGUUUGAGUUGAGAGGUUUUAGGUGAGAUCGGAAUCAGGAAGAAGAAAGGAGAAAGAAAGAGGCAUUUUGAUUAUUCAUUCACCGAUCGAUUGAUAAAGAAGAAAUUAGGGUUUAAAGUGCGUUGUGAAAAUCAUUGAAUAUCAAUGGAUGUGAUAAAGACGCAACAAAUAUCAUGGAGAGCGAUUGAGAAAGUUGUUGUUCACCCUUUAGUUUUGCUUAGCAUAGUUGAUAAUUACAACAGAGUCGCCAAAGAUACUCGCAAACGUGUCGUCGGUGUCUUGCUAGGUUCAUCUUUCAAAGGCACCGUUGAUGUUACCAACAGCUACGCCGUGCCAUUUGAAGAAGACGAAAAGGAUCCUACUAUUUGGUUUCUUGAUCACAAUUACCAUGAAUCAAUGUUCUCCAUGUUUAAGAGAAUCAAUGCUAAGGAGCAUGUUGUGGGAUGGUAUAGCACUGGACCAAAACUGCGGGAAAAUGACCUUGACAUUCAUGGUUUAUUCAAUGACUAUGUUCCAAAUCCUGUUUUGGUUAUAAUUGAUGUCGAACCUAAGGAGUUGGGAAUUCCUACAAAAGCUUAUUAUGCUGUUGAAGAAGUUAAAGAGAAUGCCACUCAGAAAAGCCAAAAGGUCUUUGUUCAUGUGCAAUCUGAAAUUGCUGCUCAUGAAGUUGAGGAAAUAGGAGUGGAACACUUGCUCAGAGAUGUGAAGGAUACAACCAUUAGCACUCUUGCAACAGAGGUAAGUGCAAAACUCACGGCCUUGAAAGGUUUGGAUGCAAGACUCAAAGAAAUAAGAAGUUACCUUGACCUUGUCAUUGAUGGAAAGCUUCCUCUAAACCAUGAGAUCCUCUACCAUUUGCAGGACGUAUUCAACCUGCUGCCAAAUCUUAAUGUCACUGAUUUGAUCAAGGCUUUUGCAGUGAAAACAAAUGAUAUGAUGCUAGUAAUAUACCUAUCGUCUCUCAUUAGAAGUGUAAUUGCUCUCCACAACUUGAUUAACAACAAGAUGCUCAACAAAGAACAUGAAAGGGAAGAAGACUCAAAAUCAGUGCCUGUACCAAGUGUACCAAGCACAGCAGGAAAUUGAAAUUUGAGAGGAUUUUGAUACUUGGAGAGUUGGAGUUCUAAAGGUACAGUUAUGUAGUACAAGCAAUACAUGGACCAAAACAACGACACCUUCCUUUCUGUCACUCUUGAGCAGCAUUCCUGCAUGGGUUAAUGAAAUACAUGUAAUAUGGCACAAUGAUCUCUUUUAACCCUUGCAAUAUUAUUGCUUCAGCUCGUGGUUUAUUUAUUAUGUAUUUUGAUUUUAUUGCUCCUUUUGUUUUUUAUUAUCUGGUAGCUUCAUUAGCAAUCACAACUGUUAAUUAAAGAGAAAUACAUUUUUUUUAACCAUUGUAACAAAUUAAUCAUGACAGCAGAAUCGAUCUUUAUUUCCAUUUGUUUGCUGA